CAGAAAUAAACGUUGGAGAGUCGGCGCGGCUGAGUCACCGUGCACGAGACUGUGUGAAGUUCGAAUAGGUGAGUGUGGAGCGGGAGCGCGCAGGCGAGGGCGGGCACGAGCGUUCUGGUCCAGCUAUGCAAAUAGAUGUAAGGUGAGGUAAACAGAGGAGAGGGAUGGAGACAGAGGGAGGGCAGGGGAAAGGUCAAACCACAGGAGGAGGAGGAAGUGUUCAGUUAUGCAAAACUCUUCCUAUCACACCGUGAAGUACACAGGACACAUUCAGUUCUACAGGCUUUAGUGGAAACAAACAAACUCUAUUUAUAUAGCAAAGUUAAAAACAGCCAGUGGCCUACCAAAGUGCUUUACUGUAAAAAAGCCAGAAACAAUAAAAAACUGUAAAAACUAUACAAAAUAAACAAAACAAACAAUAAAAGCAUAAAGCAACAAUAUAGAUAAACAUAGCAAAUAAAUAAAAUACCUAAUAAAAGUAGCUAUAGAUCGCCAAAAGCUAAAGUGAACUGGUGCGUCUUCAGAAGUGUUUUAAAACAGUGGUGAAAUGGAUAUGCAAUACAUAUCUGAUAUAUAUAUAGGCCUAUGUAUAUAUAUAUAUAUAUAUAUAUAUAUAUAUAUAUAUAUAUCAUAUAAAUCGAUGUAAGUGUAUAUAUCCACAUACAGAAGAGGCCUGGGUCGGAUUUAAAUAAUCAGAAUUGCACUGUUCACACUUACAUGAAAAUAAGAUAUGUGUCACAUAUGAUUAAAAAAUUGGAAUUGGCCGUGGAAUUGCAGUGUGAACAUAGCCUAAGUCCUGCUUAGGCCCUGCGGCCAAUAGGGGGCCCCCAAGAGCAAUCAACAAACAAAUUUUUAAUUAAUUUUUAAUAUUUUUUAUUUUUUGCAUGUAUGAGUGAUGCUUUUGGUAUGAUCAAAAAUACAUUAUGUUAAAAAUAAAAUAGAAUCAAAACUUUCCCCUCAAUUAGUCAGUCAGAGAGCCCCUUACAAACAGCCAAUUAGUUACUCCCGUAACAGUAAACCAAUCAGAAAUCUCUUAUCAGAACUCUUCAGUUGUUAUGUGGAUGAGAAUGCCAAAUGGAUCAGGCCGUACAAAAAGUUGAUUUAAGUCAACUAUAGUAGUAUUUCACCCCAGUGCUUUAAAAUAAGACUUAAUGUUUACCGUCCAAAUCACAGUUUUGGACAUGAAAUGGACUCACAACCUGCACUUUACAGUAAACAAUUCUAUUUUCAACAAUCUAAUUUUCCAUUUCAACUUUUCAUACAUGCACCUGUCUGUUUGUCUCCAUUGUUUAAGAGCAUGGAAAUGAUUAACCCGUGUUACAAAGACAGAAUAAACCUACCGCCACCACCCACUGCUCUCUCUUACUCGCAUUUAUAUUUGUGCAAAAUCCAACCAGAUGUUACCUGACAUACUGAAUGUUAUAAACCGGGCAAGCCCUUUAGAAGCUGCUUGUAAAAAUUACCCCUGUACCUAAAAUAGAUCUGCUGUCUAUAUCCACUAUUGUUCCCCGCCAACCAAACCGGUUUCGUACUAAUCUAUUCUGAGAAACAAGAGGGUUGUUCCUCUGUGAAGUCCAAAAAAAGAAACGUGGCAGCCUUUGUUUAGUUUAUAUGCUCUAGUAAACAAAACACUACAUCUCCAGGUUCAUUAAAUCCAGGCAGCUUUAUCUAAAAUGAGACAUCUGGUGGCAGAUAUGGAGCUUAAUUGCUGAAUCAGUUGUCGGUAAUUCAUUCUACACGCUUGUGAUCACUCUCUCUUAAGAAUUAAAACCAUUAAAUAAGAGGAAAAUAAGAUUUUAAAUGUGCAUGUGUAGAACCACUUAUUCUGCUUUUUGAGUCCAGUGGUCCUGCUUUUCAUACUAAAUAAACAUUGAUACAGGUUGUUUUGGCUGAUUAAAAUCACCUGGGCAUUAUGAUUGAAUGUAAUAAAUGCAUUAAUUAGACUUUAAAAAUGGUGGGUCCAUAAAAUUAUCCAAUUACUAAGUUAAGUUUAGUUUACAGUUAAGUUUUGCAGGAGUUUAAACUUUAACUCUGAGUAAGAGUGACCUCUAGUGGAGAGUCUGGUGUACUCAUACUCUGCAUUUAAGGCAUUCAGCAGCACUCCACAUACCAAAUUAUUACUUUAUUUCAGAGGUGGGGGCUUGACUUGGACUUGAGUCCCGUUUUUGACUUGCUUGAUGAAAUCAAGAAAUGACUUGGACUCGCUUGGGACUUGAUUGUCAAAGACUUGAGACUUGACUUGACUUGAGCCCAGUGACUUGAAAAGUCAAGUCUUUUCAAGUCACUUAAUACCUUCCAGCAAGUCCAAACUGUUUAAAAAGUGUCGCAUCAACUAAUAGUCAGGAAUUACGGCCGUUGGUAACACUGUGUUGUGUUGCCAAGUCUGCUUGUUGUUGGCUUGUUUCUGGAGGUCUGUUUCCUUAUUUCUCUCACGAAACUUGGCAACACUGUCUCAAACUCUAGCCUCCCUCAUAACGACAACACCGGGAGGACUGAACAUAAAUCGCUCGCUAGUAUUGCCCGCCUGUUUCCAAUUAUUGAAGUUGAUCUGAUUAUUUUUUGUAUGACAUGUAAAAAUGUUUGGUUAAAGCUGCACUAUGUAACUUAACACAAACAAGAACCCUUGUUUAAUAAUAAAUGAAAAUAGUGAAAAACGCUCAUGAUUUAUGUAAAUCUUUACAUAUAACAAAUGGUUUAUGGCUUUGAUAUGACUUGUUUUUGACUUGAAAGAAACGGUAAGGACUUGGUUGGGACUCGAAACAAAAAGUUCAGGACUUGGACUUGACUCGGGACUUGAGAGCAAAGACUUGAGACUCGACUUGGACUUGCAACAUAGGGACUUUCCCCCACCUCUGCUUUAUUUAACAUUUAACUUAAUUUUUAACAUAACACCGCUUUAGCUACCGUUACCGAGACAUUCAGAAACACAGAGUAAAACAUUUCACAGGCAAGAAGUUGAUAUUUUUAAUCAAGAGAUUCUUUAAUACAGAAAUAAGGCAGAAUUCAGCAUCGAGGUCUUAAAAUGUACACAUAUAAACAACACACUUGGGAAAAAUAGUCAUCACAACUUGAAAAUUGUAUUAAAAAUCAACUCCGAGCAGCUGGUCCGAGGAUCCAUUCUCUGUAUUUUCAGGGGCAAAGCUAGUCGUAAAAACAUCAAACCUGAUAAAAAUAAGUUAAAAAUACAAAAGUGAAUGUAGAAAAUAUUGCCACGACUGGUUAAAUACGAUGAUGAUAAGAUGAUUCCAACCAACAGCUGGAGGUGCUGAUGUAUAAAACUUUCUCAUUAAUCAGCAAACAGUCUACAACAGUUGAAAAAGGUGCAAUAAACUGAUUCCAAAACUAGAAAAUUUGCUUGAAUUUGCUCGACGAGUCGAAACCAGCAAAGACUGAGCUGCUCCUCACCAAAAGAGAAGACGAAAUAAACUCAGGCAGCAUAAACUCAGCUGCCUCAGACGAACCUUCAACCGCUUAAAACGACCCGGAGGAGGAUGUUCAGCAGGUAUCAUUCGGCGCUGUUUGAGAUUUAAUUGCUGUAAAACGAGAGCUAGCAGUUAUGUGAAACAGGGGAAGCUAACAUGUUGAUUAGCAGGUCAGAUUUACACAACCACAGGUAAGACUAGCUUGUAGAAAAGUCAUGUGAUACAAAAAUAUAGAUGGAGCUGAAUGGAAUGUCUGAUCUAAAAAAAACUAAACUAGUUAGAAAAAUUUGUUCUCCGACUUUGUAUUUGAGUUGAAAUAGAACAGUAAUUUUAGGAUUUUUGUUUUUAUUCUAACAGAAAUCGGUUAAAUUUAUUGGAUUUGUCAGAUUUGAUAAGUUUACAUGAAUUCAAAACCCAGAAAAAACAAACGGGAGGUUGCUAGGUUUCUCAGUUCCUACCUUCAAGAACUUGUCUCCUGCCGAGUUCGAAGGAUUUUGGUCCAAAAACAAACUGCCUAACAAUCUAAGUGCGACAAACAUUUUCAUAACGGGCGAAUUAAUAAGAGUUAUACUAAUAGUAGAUAGUGGUCAUAGAUAGAAUUAUGAGCCAGUGUUGUUUUCGUCUUUGGUGAGAAAUUCAGCGCAAUAAAAGUCUGACGUGACUUCGAUAACAAUCGUUAACAUGAUAAGAUCUAGUCCUUCUGCUGCUGUAGAAUCAGAUCAGACAGCACGUUUAUAUCCGUCUCUGCUGGGCGGCUCUGUAGUACCAGCGUCACCAUGUUGUCCUGACCCAGGAAAACCUGGCAGAGCUGUUCUCUGAGGCUGGCUGUUUCUUCCGGACUUCUGUCUGCUCUGAAAACCAUUUCAGAGUCCGGAGCUCCCGGCGGUCUUUUCCCCCUUCCUUUACCUCGAAUUCCUCCAUAUGUGGCAUCCACAGCUCCCCCCAGGGUCCGGUCGCGGUAGUUCAAGACCUCAGUUUGGGGGCGGGAAGGUUUUGCAGAGGGGAAUGCGGUGGCUGAUCCGGCAAAAGAGUGGUUUCCUGGAUCAGGGCUCCUAAACAAAGUCAAAACACUUUAAUAAGGAUUCGUCACAAUAUUGCUUUAAAAACCACCUGACAUCGUGGAGUAUUUGUGAGUCUGAUCAUUUCACUGUGGUACCUGUGCUCUGAGCGUAGGAAGUCAUCCAGGUGAGGCCCUCCUCUACCCAAAGGGUCGUCUGGUACCAUGAAGUGAUCCCCAACAAACGUGUACUGCAGGAGUCUGCAGAAAAAAAUACAAGAUCCAACUGGACUUGAGAACUUCAGUUCAUCCAAAAUACAAGUAAUGAAAAAACCUGAUUUUAGAGGUUAAAUGUGCGGGUGAUUGCUCCAUUUUACCUCUUUUUGAUGAUGUCUCUCCACACAGCGGUCUCGUCUGAAAGGUCUCGCAGGUUGUCGUUGGUUACGAUCACUCCGUUGGUCUUCUGUGCGAGCUGCAGCAUAAAUCUGUAAACGCAAAAGCAACAUUGAGAAGAAACUCCAAGAAAAGAAAAGAAACAGGCGACUACAGGGUUUCUGACUGUCUACCUGUCGUCGUAGGAGCUGAUCCUCUUGCCCUGGACCUCUCUGGAAGGUGUGUAGGAGAGCAGACCCAGCUUCUGCAGAUCAGUCAGAUAGUGUUGCUCUGAAACAAACAAACAACACCAUGUUAACUCUAGAGAAAAACGCCCACAUCCUCAUGUUUUCACCUUAUUCUAAUCAAGGUUUGGACUGUUUUAGAAAACUUCUCGCUUUUGACAAUCACAACUUAGCUGCUCCUCAGACCUUUGAUCCGCGGGUCGCUCUUUUGUCUCCACUGUGGCAAGAGGGCGCUGAUGUGACGAUGGCCCCGAUCCCAAAAGUGCUGGACAGCCAAAGCGAUUCCUCGACAGGAGAAGAAGUGGCCCAACCCAUGACUAGGAAGAAUGCGAACAGUGGAUAUUUAACUUAACGUCCAUGAUGGAUCUGCUCUGAGGAAAUCAUGACAACAUGACCAAUUCUCACCUCAUGGCCACGUUGCUCCCGUCAAUGAUGAUCGUCCUUAGUUUCGGGUCUCCAGGUUGGUCUGUUAGCUGAAGGUUGAAGCUCGUCUGCAGGCCCUCCAAGAAACGCUGUUGCCCUGUUACCACCACUGAAGAAGGGGUGUUGAAACCACGUCUGUCCCUCGCUCUGGUGGGGGAAGAGUCAGCUCUGGUGAACGGGGAAUGAAGUGCUUGGGGCCCUCGUUUUACAGAGUUGAAAGACUGGGGCUUUGAGUUUAAGACAUUGUCUUGGUUCGGCCGGUUCUGUUUGGAUGUGGAAUGAUUGAGUCCAUAGUUGGGUUGGCCAUAUUGACUGUUGGUUUGGAAAUUGGUUAACGGCGGAUCUAAGGAUGAGGAAUAUGUCAUCAUGGGUGGCCCUUUGACAUCAGGUAGACUUUGGUGCAGAAUUUGGGACUUUGAUGGGGGUUGUUGCUUUUGACUGGAUGGGAGCUGUUUGGGUUUAUCAAACCAAAACAGAUCUACUACUGGUAGAUUUGACCCCUCUAACUGUCCUCUAUCAGCUGAUUCUCUCUUCUCUGUAGGUUUAAAGGGGUCAACUUCUACAAGAGCUUUGUCCUCAAACGGUCCAGCUCUUGGUCCCUCUUUCUCCAAGACUACAUCGUCCAUCUCUCUUGGUUCUUCCCUAAAGGCACCCAGAUCUUUGUGCCCCUCUUUUUGCAGCUCCAGGAGCAGCUGAUGGGUGGAUCCAUCAGGCAACCGGUUGUAGACUUCCGCCACGUUCUGCUCCAUGUACCCACAACUAGCCGCUGCUUUCUUCAGUACUCCCAACACAAAGUCCUCCUCUGAGUCCUCUUUAUCCUCAGUGCUACCCUCUUCAUCUAAGUGUCUUGUGCUUCCUGUUACUCCAUUCUCCUCACUAUGACCCUCCUCUGCCUUUGGAUCACCUCCUGUUGGGGUAUCUCCUCCUGCUGCCAGUUCUUCAUCUUCUCUGUGCUCUGUCUCACAAGGCCGGUUCCUCUCCACAUGAUUUGAAGCAGCACUGCUUGGAUUUUGCUUGUCUUGGCCAUGCUGGAUCGUCUUCAUCCGGUCGCUGCGAUCCUGCUCCUGUUGAACCAGAUCCAGUAUCUGUGAGGCCUCUUGGAGUCCUGUCCGAGCAAGUACGCGCUUCACGACAUCCUCUGUGUACCCCAUGGCGGUGAAGAACUUUAAAAGAAGCCAGAACUCCUUGUUUCCUCCAGACAACUGGAGCUCCAGCUCUCCCGCAUCUCCAUUGCCAUCUGUCACUCUGGUUCCUGCUGUUGCCACUUGAUCAGGCUGCACCUCUUCUCCAACUUCCUGUGGAGAAUGUGUAAGUCUUUCCUCAGCUCCCUCUGUCUUUCUACUUGUGCCUCCAGACUGGGAGAAAGGGUCCAUGGCUGCGGAGUCUCGCCGCAGACCUGCAGUUAUUCCUUCAACCCACCGAUCAGAAGUGCUGUCCCAUCUACCCUCCAAAUCCCCAUGUGGCCUCCCCCCACUGUCUCCAUCUCUCUCUGAUGAACUGGGGCUUGAUCCAAAAUCAGAGUCUUUCACCAAGUCCAGCAGGAUUUCCUUCACGGACCCCGGUAGGACUAGAAGAUCAAGGAUGUGCCUAUCCUCCCAUUUCUCUACGAGUGCUUUAAAGGCCCGACGUGAAUCUAAAGACUCGCCAGUGCCGCGGUCCCCAGCCUCAGGACGUCUGGACGGAGUGCCCUCACACCUCUCCACCAGGUCCAUGAUAAGGGAGUAAGCUCGGACCACUGGCUCAGCAAGACCGGAUAUGAGCAGGGACCCAGUUGAACCGACCUGGUUUGGGUUGAAGAAAAAGAAUUUUAUUUAGGAUCUUCUUAACAGAUAAGUCGAGUUGUUAGAGGUAGACUUUCAGUGUAGCCUUACGUUUGGAUACAGGAAAAAGAGAGAGAUUAAGAGAAAACUUGUUGAUGUGGUUAAGUGACCUCCUCUGCACUGAAUUGAUGCACCGUGCUCCGGUAUCCUGCAAAAACUGAAGUCUUGCCUAUCUGCUGCAGAGGGCUUCAGAAUGCUGUAGCUGAUAAAGGGCAGAUAUACAACCCAUAGGAGCCAGCGGAGGCCGAUACACUGACUAUGUUUAUAUGCAGAGUCUGAUAAAGCUAGGUUUAUAACUCAGUAAGGUACAGUCCUUGACCUAGUUCUCGAUGUACGCAUAUGGGCUUUUCCCUGUUGGAAGCGGCGGCAUGCCUCCAGCUUGUUACAUCACUUCUUAAAACAAUCAAUAAACAUGUUCCCAAGUGAGAAGUUUAAAGAGUAACAAUACUUGAUUCAAACCAUAAAGUUUUCUGUCAAGGAUCUGGAUGUAUUUGGUUACCCAACAUAGAGUAGCAGCAAAAGUUGGACUACACCUGAAAAAUGACGUGACUCAAACUACAGAGGAGGCUCGGGAGUAUAAGUCGACCCAUCCUUAAAGUUUCCAAAUAUAAAUGUGAGAUUAUGUCACAAAUAUUUUCAUAUGAGUUCAUUGGAUGCCUCCGUUUUUAUAUAAGUACAACUAUCAGAAAAAAGAUUCCACAAAGUUAGAGUGCUUGAUCUCGCAAAAAGAUGCUGAUCAGGUCGAUCAAGUUUUGAAAAUCUGAACGAGUUAUUCUUAGAAACAGUUCAGGGCGCAUAACAAGAGAUUCCCGAGUAAUGAGUCACGAAUAAAAGAGAAGUUGAACGCUAUUAAAAUUUCCUGUAACUUUGUGUUUAUUUUCCAACAAUCGAAAAAAAAUUCCCACUGAUGAAGGUCUUACAUAAAGAGGCCGUUGUUACCUCAUAAGGAGAGUGACUCAUCUCUUUGCUGAUGACACAGCACUGAUAUUGACUAAUAAUGUAGUUUCAUUAGAAAUAAACGUAAUGAAAACAUUUAAAUGUUUUUUCACGCCUACUUUUGCACCAGCGGUCGAAAGUGCAACACCAAGUUUGAUGCACUGUUUUUCUCCUGAGGCAGGGGGAGGAGUUUUAAGUGUACUGUGUUUUCCAAAGAUUGUCUCAUGUCUCGCACCUUUAAACAGCAUACAUGAUUACACCAGUACAUCGUGACUGCCAUCGAUAUACUUUACACAUGUACAGUACAGGCCAAAAGUUUGGACACACUUUCUCAUUCAAUGUCUUUUCUUUUUUUUUAUAUGACUAUUUACAUUGUAGAUUGUCAUUGAAGGCAUUAAAACUAUGAAUGAACACAUGUAGAAUUUUGUACUUAUAAAAAAAGUGUGAAAUAACCGAAAACAUGUUUUAUAUUCUAGUUUCUUUAAAAUAGCCACUCUUUGCUCUUGAUGACAGAAGUACCUUGUCAGGGUUACUUCAGGCACUCCUGUGAAGUAAAAACCAUUUCAGGUGACUACCUCAUGAAGCUCAUUGAGAGAACAGCUAAAGUUUGCAGCGCUAUCAAAAAAGCAAAGGGUGGCUACUUUGAGAAAUCUAAAAUAUAAAACAUGUUUUCAGUUAUUUCACACUUUUUUCUUAAGCACAUGAUUCCACAUGUGUUCAUUCAUAGUUUUGAGAAUCUACAAUUUAAAUAGUAAUGAAAACAAAGAAAAUGCAUUGAAUGAGAAGGUGUGUCCAAACUUUUGGCCUGUACUGUAUGUGAUAACACAAAAUACAAAUAGAGUAGGUUGUAUAAUCAUGCAACUUAAGGAAGUAGCUCAAAAAAUUCUAUGUGAAAUUACUCAGCAUAUUUAUUCUAUUACUAAACUAAUACAUGCAAAUGCAGAAUUUUUAAAGGGAUAUUCUGGCGCAAAAAUAAUUUAUGGUCAAACACACCACAACACCGAGUUAGACACCCUCUAGAGAGUUGAAUGUUGCCGACCGCUUGCUUCUCUAGUUAUACCAACUUUUGUAACGACCGCACGAUAGAAAUACACAGCGGUCUGAGGAGCCAUAAACAAACCUCAACCAAAACGCCACAAAUAAUGCUCAGAACAGCAUGUAACUUCAUCAACAGUACAUAUAGGGCCCCAGCCAUAGCACUGCCCACCAAACAUCUUUUUACCUUUGCUUGAUUUCUUUAGAAAAGAGAAUGGAAAUACAAUCAGACCGAGACGCUAAGGCAGAAGAACUACCGCGUCUGCAGUGCAAAAUGAUUAAUAUUGUGAUUAUUACUUCAAGGAAAUGAUAAAGAAAUGAUCAUAAAUGUUCUUCCUUGAGCUGCGUCACCCCGCUGUAGUCUGUAAUGGACUAACCUGAGGUCUUGCUACAAACAAGCGCCUGCUGGAAGAGAGUAGGUGAGUUGUGUUUAGUCUCUUUUCUUAAGAAAUCAGGCAAAGUUAAAAAGAUGUUUGGUGUCUAGUACUAUGGCUAGGACCCUAUAUGUCCUGUUGAUGAAGUUAGCUGCUGUUCUGAGCAUUAUUUGUGGCUAUAGAGUGGCAUUUUGGUUGAGGUUUGUUUAUGGCCCCUCAGACUACUGUGUAUUGCUAUCGUGCGAUCGUUACUAAAAUUGGUAUAACUAGAGGAGCAAACAUUCGUCGGCAACAUUCAUCUCUCGAGGAGGUGUCUAUUUCAGUGUUACAAUGUGUUUGACCCUAAAUUAAUUUACGCCGGAAUAUCCCUUUAAGUAGUUUGGUGUUCCUUUUACUGACUAUAAUCUUUGGAUCAUAUAAUGAGAUAAAACAGGAAAUUAAUAUAAAUUUAGUGUAACAUACACUUUUUAAGAAAUCCAAUAUCUUAAAUCACCAUUCUGACUAAAUUCCCAUAAAUUUGGGUUUAAAAGUUAAUCGAGCCAUAGUUCCCCCUUCUCCUCUGUGAAGGUGACCAAAAAUGAAAAUCUGAUCAAUGUGACCUGUUCUACAACAAAAAUCUACCCAGAAAGAAAGCAACACUCACCACUAUAUGUGCCGAGGUACUUCUGAUCAGGCAGUCCAUGAACAGCCCUCUGGCUCCACAGAAGACGCAGUGAAGGAUCCCGGGGUAGGAAACCUCCUGCUGCUCCUCCUGGUUCACAACUCCCUUUACAAACAACUGCAAGAUUUAAAAGUAAAAAAUCUAUUAAAAAGAUGUGUUCAAUAUCCAGAGUACUUCUCAUUUGCUCUCCUGGGAUAUCUUGAGGUGUCUAUGAUAGUUUCUAUGCAGUUGUACGUGUCGUUUAAACCUGGAAAUGUCUCAAAAUUGUCUAUUUUACUUGAGUGUGUGAACUGUAUAAAAGCCGGAUACAUUUUCUGAAAUCAGCCAACUUAUUAUUGGUCUACCUCUCGUCAUUGCAAUCACAUUAUUCCGCGCAUAUUUUGUUGAAUCAUUUGGGAGUUUGACUUUUGAGUGAGAGGUGGUGUUGUGAUGGGAGAGAGGAGGGAGAAUAAAGCGGAGUAGAGGAAUGCUGUCUCCUCCUGACCAGAGUCAAAUACCCCCUCCCCCACCGACCUCCGAGCCUUACCCUCUCCCCUCUCUGGGGUCACGCAGGAUAGCCGCUUCAUCGUCCAGAAAACAGUCACACACCUCUCAAGACUCGACACAAUCCAGCUUAUAUCUCGGUUUACUCAUGACAACGGGCCUUAGAUACAGGACUUAUAAUCGCACCUUGCCAUGAUGAGUUUUUGUUUAAAAUGUUGAAAAUAAAUGACGCAACAAAUGUAGUUUCUGAUGAAGUGAAAGUGAGAGCUGUUUGAGGAGAGGUGUUAGGCCCACGCUCUGCUGUUGUAACAGAGGCAACACAGCAGGAAUCACAAUACCGUUUAGUCCAUACUUUCAUUUUUAUGAUUUUUACGAUGGAAACUUAAAUCCGAGUCACCGAGCUUUAAUAAUCUUGCCUCGUUUUGAGAUUUGAUGGCUUUUUUAACUCAUUUUUUAACUAAUUUUGACACUUCAUAAAAUUUUUUAAAAAUCACGGCUUAAUUUGUAAUCGGAUUUUUUUCCUCCCUUAUAAUGGGUAUCGGCAUCGGCCCCAAAAAAUCCAUAUUGGUCAGGCCCUCAUAUAUACAUCUAUAUAAUCAUAAUAACUUCACUAGUGUAAUCUCAGGUUACAACUUUAUCUAAAUCAGGAGAGGACAGAUGUGUUAACCAGCAUUACAAAGGGAAAUGAGUCGACUUUUAAGUGUUUAUGCAAAGUAAUAACUAAAAGGAAAUAAUAUCUUACUUUUGCAGCCGUCACACUUUUCCUCCACCCUUGGAGCUUCAGCCAAAUCAGCCCAUUGUUGCCCUGUGUCAAAUCAUCGGCCCCGAUCCCGAACUUCACGCCGAAUAUCCGUUCCACGGUGGCGUGCAGGGAGGUCAGAGAUCCCCGCAGAACCCCGGGACAAGCGAACUCGUCCUCCACCUCGGCUUCUGCCGCUCCAUCACUCCACUCGCCGUCCAUCACUUCUUCUUAAACUCCAGUCAGAGAGUCAAACAUUCUGCAGAAGGAGAAAAAAAUACCUUACUGGCAGAACUUUUAUGUGUUUUGAACUAAAAAGCAUGACACACUCUGAUACACGGAUGACAGAGCCUCCAAAUUCUGAUCACCUUUGUCAUUGUCUUAUUUUAAGGAUAAUACUUGUGUAAAUAACACUGCUUAGAUGCAUGUAAAAUACACACAUUUCACAAAAAAAUAUAGAGAUACAUUAUCUAAAUGUAAAACAUGCAUAUGCUGGAAAAACAAACAAAAGAUAAUCAGUGAAAUUUGAUUUAUUUUCAUGUGUUGCAACCACCUCCAUGGCUAAGUUAGCUGUAACAUCUAACUUUCAACUUUCUAAGGCUGCUCAUUUACUCCCUGUCUUACAUUAUUGGACACACUGAUAAAUCCAGGUGUGUCUUAUUAGUCACAGUGAUCAGUCACACCUGGAUUAAUCAGUUUGUCCAAGAAUGUAAGACAGGGAAUAAAGGAGCUGCCUUAAAUUCAGGAAGUAGUGUAGCUGUGAAUAAAGCUCAUUUUCAUCUGGAAAUACGAUGGUAUUAUUAGCCAACAAUCGGCUGAAAUAAUAAACCAAUUGAUCAGUCUACUUAUCAUUGUAAAGUAACAUGUUAAAAUACCAUUUGUAUAUAAAGUUUGGUUUGUCUAGUCUAUAUAGUUUUCACGUAAACAUUGUUACAGCUGACCCCAGCCUCCCCUACUUUGCUUCUUUUUGCAAGUAACAUAACUUUUAUUUUUUGUAUUCCUGGCAAAGUUAAUGAUUAUCUACUCCUUUUUCCCACAAAGAUACAGCCAUUCAAUAUACUACAAUACUCUAUGGGUUCAAAUAGAGCAUAUUUCAGUAUAUCAGUGAUAAAAAAUUUUAUUUUAAGAUUUCCUGGUAGUUAAGAUUUUGUUGUAGGGUAAUUGAAAAAGUUACAAUAUAUAUAUUUGAAAAUUGGUGUGAAACAGUCAAAUUUUUUUUGGAGCUGAAAUGUUUAUUUCACUCAGUACUGAAAACCAAAAAAAAUCAAAAUGUCCUCAAAAUUGAACAAAUAUAUUUAUUUAUCUUAUUUGAUACAUUAGAUGUUUUGAGAAACUGAUAAAUUACAAGAGGACAUUUUUAUCAUUCAAAAAGUUACAAUAUAUACUUUUGAAAAUUGGUGUGAAAAGGCCCAGUCAUUUUUAACCCUUUAAUGCCUGAAACCACAAAUUAUGGCCAGAAAAUUUCAAAAAAAUUUAAGCUGAAAUGUUUAUUUUACUUACUAUUGAAACCCCCCAAAAAUAAAAAAAUAAAAAAAUAAUAACAAUAAAAUUAUUAUUAUUUUUUAAAAUGUCCUUCAAAUUAAACAAAUAUAUUUCUUUAUCUUAUUUGAUACAUUAGAUGUUCUUGGAAACUUAUAAACCACAAGAGGACAUUUUUAUCAUUUAUCGGACUGUAUAAUUUUUUUUUUUAGUAAUUUGUUGAUCAUAUUGAUUCGAUUAGAAGUAUAUAAAAGUAUGUAUCAAAUAUGAUACAAAAGGCAAUAAAAGGCUACAAUCAUUUCCAAAGUCAUGUAUCUGUCCCUCUCGCUAAGAUAACUUGAAGUCAAACUUGAUUAAAGUUCAAAUAAUUUGAAGAAUGUUGUCUUUAUAAUAGUAGGAGCUAAUAAGCAGCAAACUUCAUAAGCAGAUGUAACUUUGAUAUGUAAAUAUGGCUGUUCUUGUGUAUAAAUUCUCAAAUAACAGGUAUGGGUAAGAAUUGUUAAACAUGCCCCGGUCUCCCGUACUAACACAUAUUAUCGUUUGUUUAUUUGAUAUUUCUCAGCUUUUGAACCAAACACAACGCCAAACUGUGAAUAGAAAACUAUGUCAACGACUUUAGAUGUAUGUCUCGAUAAUUCAGCAGUGUUAUGAAACUUUAAUAUUAGUGUAAAAGACCAAAUUGACAGUCGUCUGUACAAACGAAAGACUUACAGCGAUGGAAACGUGAUCAUUUUAGCCCAAAAAUGUUGUGUUUGUGUCGUUUUUCUUACGUGAGGUCGAUCGCCUUCAAAGUUUCGUUUCCCGGAGCUUGUUUACAGGGAGGCGGCUCUGCUCGCUCCGAGUUCUCCGUAAUAAAACAAUGACAUGUUCCCAAUCGGUCCAAAGUUCAACCGCUCAUGUGGUAAUAUCGUGAAAAAAAUAGGGGGAUUGUAAAAAAAAAAACAGGCUUCAGAUCAGGAUGUAACAACCGAGUUCACUGCUGCGAGGAAGCGAGGCGGAUGAGGAAGUGUUCGUGGAUCUGGACAUCACAUCACCCGGUGGUGGAAACCCCGAAGACAAAACCGAAACUAAACGAAACACUCGUGUAUUUUGUCACUGAGAGAUAAAUACAUGUGUAAACACAGAGGGGGGAUCAUUUUGUCCGGGUAAAAUUUUCUUCAGAACAGUGUUUAACGAGUCAAAAUGCGACUGCGCACUGUUUAACUCAAUUGUGAGAUGUAUCUCGGUAAUGUCGUCGUUUUAUUGUGACAUUUUACGAAAAAUAAAGUAUAUUCGUGUAAAUAACCGUGUUUUAAACGGGUUUAACGUGUUUAAAGUGCACAUUUUGUUUACGUUGUUAGCUUGUGUUGGAGUCAAACCGAAGAUGAAGGGGAUUUCCACCGACGUCAGCCGUUGGGGUUUUUCUGUCUGUUGUUUUUUUUUCUUUGUUAACCCUUCGUUGACAAUUACAGACAUGACUAACCGUUUUUUAAGCUGACUCUUCAGCUCUUUUGGCUUCAAUUUACCGUGUCGACACACUUCCCAAAAGGAGGCACAAAAAUAUAAACUUUUUUUGUGUUUACUGAACAAUUUUCAGAGUUCGACGAAAUGUGUUUGUCUGUGACAGAGACAGGAAGACAAAUGUUGGUGCCUCCUACACUACAUCCUGUGUUUGUUCCAGUUAAAAUGUUAUCUCUACUGGAUUGGUUAUAAACUCAUUUAGGCUUGAAACAUGGGAACUAUUAAAGCUCCUAUAAGGAGUUUUUUUUGAUGCCCAUGAAAUAAGCUGAAAUCUAUACUGAUGCCUUUUCAAAUUUCCUUUACAGGAGAAGGGCUGCCAAGUUUCAGAAAAAGACAAGAGUAAAAGUCCUUUCACACCGGGAUCAUUUUUUACGUGCAAUUAUUUCGAACAGAACAUUACAUAACAUUACCCUACCAUCCUACAAAAAAAAAAAAAAAAAAAAAAAAAAAAAUUGCUCCCUGAAAUGUGGCUACGUGACCCGCACAGACACUAGAGAAUGGCCUAUUAUUUACAAAAUGAAUAAUUCCCCACGGCACAUCUGACAGUCUCUCACGGCACACUAAUAUGCUGCGUCACACAGGUUGAAAAUCACUGAUGUAGAGGACAGGAUAAACAAAGACUGGUUUGACCACUGGGGGGCGUCAAAGGUGAUACAAAUCAAAAGUUUCUGAGGUUGCUUUUAAAAAAAAUUAGCCUACUUUUAUGUAUAUUUCUAGUAUAAUUUCAUUGGGAUAACAAUGCCUUCCAAAAUUUUGUUGAAAAAUUUGCUUCAUUUAGUUUGACACAAAUUGUUAAAAAAUUAGGAACUGCCUGUUUCAAUGUCUGCAGAUUUGUUUACUUUUUGGCCAAGUAGAGAAAGACUGAUAAAACAGCCUAUCUCUACUUUUGCCUUUUAAGCUCUUUUAGGGAUUUUUUAUGCUUCUGAACUGUAGACUAAAAAUAGACGUGAUGGUAGGGAGUGAAAAUAGUGCUAACUCAUCCAUCAAAUAUUGAAACUGACAAACUUAUUGCUCAAUUAAAAAUAUUUGCUUAUUUUGAAUUUGAUACCAGCAGCACUUUUCAAGGAAGUGUGACAGAGUGUGUUUACCAGUGUGUUGCAUCAUCUCUUCUUUAAAAGAUAAUGUCGACUUUUCUGGAGAGCAGUUUCUGGAGAUUCCAAAGGGAAGUGUUGUCCCGUUCUUGCCUUACAUAGGAUUUUAGCUCCCAAACGUUUUGUUUGUUUGUUUGUUGUUACCAUCUAGCAGCUGGACUCAUCUACUACAGGAUCAUAAUACAUACAGAAUGUGGUUUGGCAUUGUUUCACUAAAGUGUGCAAGAUCUUUCUAAAAAUGGCAUCGUCUGGAUGGCGGCAUAUAUUGUGCGAUGUAGUGGUGCUUUCCUAGAUGUGUAAGCUUCAAGUAACAUUGAUGCAUCUCGUAUCAUAACCAAUGCUGACCUGGAGUUAGUUAGUUACCCCCUCCCAUCUCUAGAGUGAAGGGUAUGGCGCCCAUGUUUUCCAGAAAGAAUGCAAAAUUUUGACCCUUCAAAUCUCAGUUUUUCACUUUGACUCAGUUUACCUCAAACAAGAUUAGACUUGGAGAAUUCCCCAGCAUGUCAACCUCAUGUUUAUAAGUGGUUUCCUGUCUGCAUGGCACAGUUCUAACCUGUAUUUGUGGAUGCAACUGUAAACCAUGUUCAGAGACAAUGGUUUUUGGAGGUGACUUUAAACCCAAGCUGUGAUUUCCACUACAGAAUCAUGUCUUUUUUACCUCUGCCAAGGAGGUUAUGUUUUCGGUAGCGUUUGUUUGUUUGUUUGUUUGUUUGUUUGUUUGUUUGUUUGUCAGUGAAGAACUUUACGGAGAAAUUAACAGACGGAUUAACCUCAAAAUUUUCACCAGAGGUGUGUCUCAGCCCCAGGAGGAUCCCAUUACAUUUUGGUGGUGAUCCGGACAAAAUUCUGGAUACUGUGAUCCAGAACACACAAAAAUAAGUGUGUUGUUGGAAUUUUCAAUGCUGAAAGAUAACCAAUGGGCGGCAGAGUGGUGUAGAUAGGCGAUACAGUGGUGUAGUGGUUAGCACUGUUACCUCACAACCAGAAGGUCCUGGGUUUGAAUUCUUGUCAGGGCAUUUCUUGUUUUAGGAACAUCAUGAACAGUAAACAUACCAGUUUAAACACAAAUUAAAGUUAAUAAAAGACACGUAACAGUAAAAGUUUUGGUGUGAAUCACAAUAUAAGGGGGGGCAUGAGCUGCUAGGAGAUGUUUCUCCAGAUGUUUGUCUUUAAACAUUACACAACUCUUUCUGUGUCUUAUUGGCUUUGAACCAACUUCCUUAAAAUGCGUGGCUGUCCUCAUAUUUCAAAUGAACUUUUAAUUUUUCUCUCACUUUCAAUAUUUGAAAAGUCAUUGCACUAUUUUCAAAUUCAUGAGGGGUUUUUAUGAUUUACAAACCAUCAAAUUGUCUCUACCCACGUUUUACUCAUCAUCCGUACUUUAAGAUUUGACCUAUUUCCUUGUUGCUACUACAGCUUGGCAGCAAACCACUACAAGUAUCACUUCUUGGUGUUAAUGGUUGUUGUGUCCAAAGGUUAGGUGAUUAGUCACUGAGAUCUUAUAAACCUCUCAUUUACUGUAACUCAUACUACAGACUACACUGUCUUCUGGUGAUAUUUAUAGACAUCAUUUUAAAGUGAACUCAUCUUUUUUACCACUAACGUUGGUGAUUUCUUGAUAUCAGUGACUUAGAUUCAAAAACAAAACUUUAGUGGUUAUAGGGUAGUUCUUGUAACCACAACUUCCCUGCUUUAAAUUCUGCAGAAGAGUUUUGUAAGAGUGUGUAUCACCACUAACUAAAAAUAAACUAACAAAACCCUGAUUUAAAAACCAACAAAUGUACAGCAAAAUAAGAAAUUUGAUGGCGUCACUUUUUAAGUGUUCUUCCUAGCAUUUGAUUUUUCUUUGAAUAAUUUGUUGUAAGUUUAGCCAAUCAUACUUCAUUAAUUCCUUGUAAAAAGUAUUAAUCAAUAGUUAAUAAGGUCGCAUAAGAAGCUUUUAAGCAUUUUUAAGUGAUAAGUGUUGAAAGAAACAUAAUUAACACAUUAGUUUUAGCUUAUAAGAAACUUGUAAACAGACAUACCUGUCAUAAACAUCAAUAAGAUGUUUAUUAAUUUUAAUUAGGGGUUUAUUAAGAUAUUUAUUUUAUCUUGUACUCCCAAAAUAAUGAAUGUAACUGUAUGAGCCUUCAAUCAAAAUUAAAAGUAAUGUUUAUUAUUGCUUAUAAGCUCCUCUUUACGCACUUAUUGAUACUUGAAUUGUUACUUAACAUCAAUAAACGUCUUAUUCAUGUUUAUAACAGGUAUAUAAACUGUUUACAAGCUCUAACGAGGGUCCAUAAGUGUCUUAUAAGUAUUAAUUGAUGUGUUAAUUAUGCUUUUAUAGACACGAGGACCUUAAUUCAAAGCUUUUAAGCAUUUUUAAUUGAUAAGUGUUGAAAGAAACAUAAUUAAAACAUUAGUUUUUGUUUAUAAGAAACUUGUAAACAGUUACAUUACUGUCAUAAACAUCAAUAGGGUGUUUAUUAAUUUUAAUUAAGGGUUAAUUAAGAUAUUUAUUUUAUCUUGUACUCACAAAAUGAUUAAUGUAACUGUAAAAGUUUAUUUAUUAUUGCUUAUAAGCUCCUCUAUAGGCUCUUAUUGAUACUUAAAUACUUAACAUCAAUGAACGUCUUAUUCAUGUUUAUAACAGGUAUAUAAACUGUUUACAAGCUCUAACGAGAGUCCGUAAGUGUCUUAUAAGUAAUAAUUGAUGUGUUUAUUAUGCUUUUAUAGACACAAGGACCUUAUUUCAAAGUGAUGUCAGCAGGAUUAACUUCUCAGACACAAAUUCUUGUAAUGUAAGAGGAAAUUUACUUUUCAAAGCUUCAAAACAAACAGAUGUGAUGAGAAAGGGUUAAUUAAAAUGAAAGUAAAUCCUGUCGUGACUCCAGACUGGCCUGUGCUGCUGGGCAGUCCUGAAGCAGAAGUAAACUGGAAAGGUUUGUUUGCAGGAGUUUCACUUCCCGCUCUGUGAGCAGAUAUUGAAUGAGCCUCGUACCUUUAACUCAGUCUGUACGCCUGAAGCACGAGGAGUGAGAGUUUGUCCUUCAGGGUAAGUCAUAAUCUCAUUUUAUUAGAAAUAAUCUUCCUGUUUUAAGACAGGGUUUAGGAGUCUUUAACGCUUGUUUGACUUGGGAAUUAUGGUUUGGAUUUGUUAGUGCCUCAAAUGUUAAGAAUAAAAGUUUAGGUUCAGUUGAAGCAUAUUUGGACUUUAACUUUACGCUAAAGUAGCAGGGAGUUUGUAUUUAGUCUUGUAAACUGAAAACCAAAAUGUAAUAGAGACAUAAAACUAGGCAUUUUUAUCUGCACGUAACUUUAUUUUUAACCUUUAGAGAUGUUCCACUUCAUUCCACCACCCUCGGACUUUCUUGUGCAAAGUAGUCAGAAACAAAAAAAAUGUGGUUUCCUGUUGUGUUUUUACUCGAUGCUUUUAAAUCUGGUGCAACUGCUUUUCUGAAGAAUACCAAAUGCCACAAACAGGUGUCAGACACAAGAUAAAAAAACUUAAGUUCCAGCAGACAUACCUUUUAAAGGAUCCUCUUCUUUAUAUGACAAAAGCAAACCAGGAAUCAAAUCACUUUUUAGGUUUAUUCACCUAUGUCACUGCCCAGACAUGUUCAUCUAUAAAUAUUAUGAAGAGCUUCAUCAUGCCAGGCUAAAAGCAUUCCUGCGUCCACCUGAAAUAAAGGAGGCAGGUAUUUACAUGAAGUGGUUUAAUCAGGUGAUGGGAAUGAAAAGAGGAAGCAGUGACCUAAAGGCGAGAGCGUGUGACAAGAUCUUAGAAUGAAACUGAAGUUAAUCGUUUACUGGAAACAGCUGAAGGUACGAGAUGUAUUUCAUAAUGUCAGCAGUUAAAACGCUGAUGAAAAGGUGUGGUGAAUUAUCACUCAACAAUACAGCGCAAGAUUUAAUUGGUCCAAAUGUUAUUGUCUGUUUUUCCACCACGUCUGAAUGAACUUAAGUUCAGACAAAUGGUGAGAAACAUAACAAACCAUAAACUACGGAGUCCAUGAAGCCCCAAAAAACAAACUUUUUAUAUUGUGCAUUCAAGAUAGUAUCUUGCGUGCACAAUUAAAGUAACUUGAUUACAGUACGAUCAUCUUGUGCAAGUUAUUAUCUCAUUAACAGAAGUAAAUGUAUUCGACAGACAAAAUAAUAUCUUGUUCUUGCAAGAAAAUGAUCUUUUAUGCGCAAGAUUAUAUUUUGUUCCAACAAGAUAGUUAUAUUCUGCCAAUGAAAUAAUAAUCUUAUUUUCACAAGAUAUUACCCUGUCCCAAGAGGAAAUAAACUAGUCUUAAAAUCACAAGUAAACAUUCUGAUGCAUACAAGAUAUUACCUUGGUCCAACAAGAUAACAAUCCUUUAAGCAUAGGAUGGUUGAUUUGUUUGCACAAGAUAUAACCCUGUUCAACAAGAAAACAACUUUUGCGCUCUUGUAGGAAGAUAAUUAUAUUCUGUGGACAAAUGUAUCUUGUUCCAACAAGAUAAUUAUAUUUUUCACAUAAAAUAUCUUGUUUCUACAAGAUAGUGAUGUUUUGCACUCUAACUAAUCAUCUUGUUUCCACAAUACUGCCAUCUUGCUAGAUUGAUUCAUUUUUGUAUGAGUACAAGUGAACAUCUGGUAAAAUAGUAUCUUGUCCUACAAGAUAUAUAACAAGAUAGACACAUAAGAUAUUCAUCCUUUGGUGAACAAGAGAGUUAACUUUUUGCGUUGGACAAAAAAACAGUAAAAUAAGAAAAUAUCUUGUGUGCACAGGAUAAUUAUCUUGUGAGAACUACUUGUUGUCAAUAGAACCUCUUACCAUGAGAAAGUUUUAUACUGACUUCAUUUCUUAUGUAAACUAGUAUCUUGACGGCUUUAACCUUUGGUCCACUCUGAAUCUGGUUCUUCUUAUACAAAUAUUUUAAAUCCAUGUUGAACUUAUUUGAAACGUUUCGGGGUGUAAUUCUUUUAUUGGUUAUUUUCUCCUUUAGUGAGUAAUGGCCCUGUCCAGCUGUCCACCCAAGAGGUUCAUUGAAACCUCCAACCUGGAGAACUGGGAAGUGAUCGACUCUGGAGGUUUUGGAAACGUCUACAAAGCCAGACAUCGUGGGUGGUGCUCCAACGUGGCCGUCAAGCUGCUUCACUUCGAUAACAGGUCAGUAGUUUUGAAAAGUUUCUUCUUUUCUUCGACAAAAAGGACUCCGAGGGUUACUAAUAUUUUAUUGACCACACAGUAAAUCUUUGCUGCGAGAGAUCGACAUGAUGCUUCAGGGGAGCAGCCCGCAUGUUAUUCAGGUGCUCGGGAUCUUCAGGGGUGAACUGUCUUUUUACCCGUCAUCGAUCAAGCUUGGUCUGGUCAUGGAGCUCAUGGAGAGAGGAUCGCUGGCCUCAUUGCAGGUACCCAGCACUAGAACAACAACCCAUAUAUAACAGAUAGUGGUUGUAGAAAUAGUACUCAUCUAUAACCUCUAUUUCUUUGUUCUUGACAUCAGAAGACCAUAGGAACUCCACCUUGGCCGCUGGUCUUCAGACUGGCUCACCAAGUGGCUCUGGGUAUAAACUUCCUCCACAGUUUGCUACCCUCUGUGCUCCAUUUGGACCUGAAGCCCAGCAACGUUCUGCUGGACCCCUCCCUCAACGCCAAGGUGUGUUUGCGUCAGAAACCCUAAAUAACCUUUGGAAACUGGGAAACACUCUUGUUUAUCGUGAACUCGGAGCAUGAUCUCAGCAGAAAACAGCCUCAGCGUGGGCAGGGUCAACGGUUCUUUCCCAAAUGUUGUAACUUAAGAAUUAAUAAAAACAAAACUCCAACUAUGUGAUGAAAUUCAAUUCAGGGAAGUAAAACCAAAGUCAAGUCAAUUCUUCUACUUACCUCUUACUUAUUGUCGUCUCUCUUCCUCUUUGCGCUAACUUUCUUCCUUUCUCUCCAGCUUACAGAUUUCGGUCUUUCCAGGUUUUAUCACAGUUCCACGCAGCUUUCCAAGAAAGACCCCGAAGAGGAAGGAGGGACUCUGCCGUACAUGCCGCCGGAGGCUUUUGACGUGUCGUACAAGCCUACCAAAGCCUCUGAUAUCUACAGGUACGAACAGAUUCAAGGUUUGAUCCAUCAUAUGAGGAAUAAUUCUCAAAGGUAGAGAAUUAGAUAAUAGAGUGAUUUUAGUAAAGUGAAGCACUGGGGAACAAUUACCAGUGAAGGGAUUAGUUUAAUCUGAGUACAGAGUGUGAAGCACUAAUAGCUUCUCCUGUGAUGAGUCGAACUUCCAGGUUAUUAGAUGGCUUCCCUGUCCGUUAGACCACACCUUAAUACCUUUGGACUCGGAAUACGCCCACACUUACAUUUUUUUUGGCUUAAUUUUUACAUGACACAACAAACCUGUGAGAAUGACAAUCUGACCCCCAAUUUCCACCGCAUCCGGAAUGGCUACGAAAAGGCCGUAUCCGCCAAUCGUAGCUGAUCGUAACCCUUUCAAGUUAACGUGUCAAUUUCCACCGGCUUCUUUCCAUUCCACUGCGGAUCGCCUGACUCCUAGUCUAGAGUAGAUUUCCUCCCUUGGAAGGACACAAUCUACUGCUUAUAUGGUUAGCCUAUGUGGCUAAAGACAACUUGUUAUUGCGCGAUUGCACGUGAAUCCGCGGGUUCUUGUGAGUUCUUGUGAUUCCUGCGGUCUGUAAUCCACCACAAAACUCGCGUCACAAACAUAUCUGGUAGGAAUUGGUGAAAAUCGCUGCUGUUCCAGGUCGGAGCCGUUCCAGAUGUGGUGGAAAUCCCGGGUUACAGGCAAAACUCACAGGAUCCGGUACGGUUCUGCUCCACUCAGCUCCACUCUGGCAAGGCAGGCAGAUAAAAUACGAGCAUUCUAAUCAGAAUCUGUCCACCGUCCGGCUCUGCUGUGGAUCUGCUCUGCCGGAUCAGAUACGCAAGGCUUCUAUUUUUGCCGGACGCCGCAGCACAAGCAGCAGCGGAAGCUGUAUGUGGCUACCGAGUAAAAUAUCCGGUUAAUUUUCAAAAUAAAGAAAAGUUAACACGUUGAACUGUUCUUAGCUUGAUAAUAGGAGAGGCCAGGGUUGUGGGAUGUGGGUGUUUAUAUACACCAAUUGGUGGAUCUCAUUCAAUGUCUCAUGGGGAAACACGCAAGACCUUGUGAGAUCUCAUCCAGUCUUGCAAGAAAUCAGUAAUAUCAUAAGAGCUUCUUCUCCAAUGGCGGUGGCAGAUCAGAUCCGUUGGGCGCUAUAUGCUUGCAUAUUUGAUCUGCCUGCCGCAGAGCCGUUCCGGAUCCAGUGGAAUUCCCGGGUUAUAUUAUGUUUCUCAUAGGUGGUGCGGCUAAAUCAACUCCCGGUCACCACACAAACAGCGAUCAUCUGUGAACAACACAUCAUUAACCAAAUCCAAAAAAUGUAUUUUUACCUAAAUACAUCUCAGACUCAUCUGUUAACAUGUCGUGUUUGUUUUUUAUCGAUGCAAUCCUACCAUGACACGUCCACUUGGGACCAAAUGUUAUGUUAGCUGCCUCAAUCCUCAGCUACCUGAUAUACCGAAACAGAAUCCGGAGAGACCUACACUACAAACCAAUCGAAGAAUUACGAUCCACCAACUUUUUAUUUUACAAACAUUUCAUUCUGUCCUCUUUCUUUCAGCUACGGCAUACUCUUAUGGUCCAUCGUCACGGGGAAAAGACCGUAUGAGAGUAAGUAAGACACCCUCACAUAUUUGCUUUGACCUUUUCUUCUCCGUUUAAGACUCUUCCUUAAUGUUUUUGAUAUUAUUGACGGAUCAGUAUGUGUACUUUGUGGUUGUUAUGUAACUGUUUGACAGGAUGUUCUUGUAAAAGCAGUUUAUAUGCUCCACUUUCUUUGCUAUCAAGUUGUUGUUUUUCGACAGUUUGUAGCUGGUUUUUGGUUUUACUUCUCAAAAAGAAAUGUCACAUCAUUAGUAACUGAGAUACAUUUUUUAAUCCCUCUUAAAUAGAUGCAAUUUCCAGCAUAGUCCGCCUCCAGAUCCCAGAAGGACAGCGUCCAUCGCUGGAUGAGAUGCGAAGCCAUGUUUCAGGAGUAGCGGGCUCGGAGGGUCUGACGUACCUCAUGAUAAAAUGUUGGGAAGGAAACUCCAAAAAAAGGCCGUCCUCACAUGGUAAAGUAACUUUUUCAUCUUCCAAUGAAUGACAUUUGUGGAUCACAAAAAAUAGCGACAUUCAUAUUGAAAAUGCUAACUAAAACUAGCAUUUGGCUAACAUGGACACAAAGAAUAAAAAGGUGAAGGUGAGGCUAGAGUUGGCUCGAGGUUCUUUUUGCGAAUACAGUUAGUGCAACAGAUGUACUCAAUGUAAAGGUCAUACAAUCACGAUAAACAACGUGAUGAGUCCCCCCAAAAGAAGUGAAGCCGCAAGAGUUUAAGCUCCACCUACCAGACUGGCUAAGGUAUCAGUCAUAAAGCCCACUUCCUCCAUGUAAACAGAUUGGACAUGUGCCAAACUUAAAUUGAACAGAACAUGUCAAAUAAAGUUUUCUAAAAAAUAACAAAACCAAAGGUAGGUUUGGUGGAUCAUAUUGUGUAACAUCCCAGCAGGAGAAAGACCUGAGCUGUUCUUACUACCUAAGUUCCCACAGUGGAAAACAAAAACAAAGAUCCACACCCCAUCUUGAUAUAAUUAAAACAGAUUACAGUAGUUACAAAACUCAAAUGUGUGUGUGUAUGUACAUUUUUAUUAUUGUGAAGACUUGAACUAAUGACUGUAUAAAAUAAAAACAUAAUCAUAGUGAUGUCACCCAAUGGUCUCUGGAGGUGUUUUGGAAUCCAACAAUGGCGAUGAAAAUGUUGACUUAUGUGGCGUUGGAUUCACCUCAGAAGUCAGAUGUCGAGUUUUCAGCGUUUCAGUUACCGAGUUGGAAAUAAGCAAAAUUGGAGGCCUGAAACAAGAUGGCUCCAUUUAGGAAUGUUAUUUUUGCGCUUGCCUUGUCCGAAUUUAAGGCAAGUGCUAAAAUAACCUUGGUAGAUGGAUCCACCUCGUUUCCGCCUCAGAUUUUGCUUAUUUCCAACUUGGUAACUGAAACGCUGGGAACUCGACAUCUGACUUCUGAGGUAACUCGAACGCACCAAAUAUCUAAAUGUUAGGGGCAAAUAAUGCUAAUAAUGUCUUAUCAAGCAAAACUAAUCAUCUAAAUGAUCCAAUUUUAAUUUUGCUGCAAAAACAGCUUUUCAUUAUGAGUGUGAAUAGGUGUCCUGGGCUUGUACAGCCAGCCCCAAGUGGACACUUGAGGAACUGCACUUUUUUUAACCCUUUGAUGCCUGAAACCACAAAUUAUGGCCAGAAAAUUCUAAUUUUUUGAAUUUUUAAAAUUUAACAAAUAUACUUAUGUAUCUUGUUUGACACAUUAGAUGUUUUUGGAAACUGAUAAACCACAAGAGGACAUUUUUAUCAUUUAUCUGACUGUAUUGAGGUGUUUUUUUCGUAAUUUGUUGAUCAUAUUGAUUGAUAGAAGUACCAUAAAAGUAUGUAUCAAAUGUGAUACAAAAGGCAACAAAGGCCUACUUUAAAUAUCCAACAAAGGUUCUGACUUUCACAAAACGAACUUUACUUCAAUAAAAGAAAACUUACUUUUCUGAUGCCUUUUCCUAACAUGUUUAACUUUUUAAAUUCUUCCGCAGAGUGUACGACAAUGACAGAAGAGUUGUAUAAAGUGCAUAAACAUGCAAUCAUUGACGUCGUCCAUCAAGUUCUCAAGAGGCUGGUGAGAUAUAUAUAUAUCAAUGAAUACUCGAGUCAUUUUGAGAAGCAGCAAAACAGCAGUUCAUCUUUCCGCCCCAGCGUUGACUUACUCUUCCUCUUUCCAGGAUCAACAGGAGGAAGGAAUCGUAGAGCAGGUUCAGAGCGUUUACAUCCCUGAGAUUUCAGGUUCGUUUGAUGUGCCCGUUGCUUCCUCGUUUGGGAUUACAAUCAGACAAUAAACCGAUAAAUGAAUCCGCAUUUCAGCUUAUUCUUUCUUCUUCUUUUUUUGCAGGUGCUAGAAGAAAGGAAGUGAAUCUUUCUACGAGCGUACCGACUGGGCGCCCAGUACAGGUACGAACUCAAUAACACAGACAACAAACAAAUGGACAAAAGACACAUUUUUCUCCAUCAUUUAGUCUCUUCUUUCCUUACAAUACAACAACAACAAAUGACUCACAGUCUGGUCAGGGAGUGUGCAUUUCUCUCUUUUGGCACAGAUUGCUCAAUGCUACAAUAUUCCUGCACAGUACGCUUUUUUUUCCUUCGGCUACGACAGAGAAAUAUUCCGUUCAUCAUUUCCUUCUCUUCUUGGGGAGUUUUUUGGGGAAAUGAAGUGUUUAAUUUCGCAAAAUUUAAGGUCAUGAUAAAGUGCAUAAAGUUUGGUAAAGGUUGGGCAAUCAGUGGUAGAACAGAAAUACAAGAACGGUCAAGAUAGUGAGUCUUACAACAUGGAAAAAUGUGAAGUAGCAUUUUGCAAGGGCCAACUAGUGAACUUUGUGUGAAGCUCAUACAUCUGGAGUCUUUAUCGCUUAUUUUAGUGAAACUGAGCUUUCUUUUGUUGCAGGAAAUGGGUGCUGGUUGGUCAGCGAAUCACGCGAACACACCGGGAGUUAAAGGUAAGAAAGGAAGCUGAUGCUGCAACAGCACAGAAACCACAAAAGUAAACACUCAGACAUGAUUUCAUUCUGCUAAACGCUCUUGUAUACUUCCUCCUCAGGUUCACCAUCACAGAGGCCAAUAAAUUGGUGUGACACUGACAACAGCCGGCCGUUUAAUCACCACAAAGUGAGGGAGUCGUCUGUUUACCCUAUUCUCUCUGCCCCUAAGUCUCCUCAGACUGUGCGCUCGUCCCAAAGCAUAGCGAGAAACGCAGCCCAGCAGUACUUUGUGGGUUUUUUACUUUUCUCUUUUCCAUCACAUAAUGACACGUGCAAAAUUUUUUUUUUCAACUUUUUCAUAAAUAUCACAAUUAAAUGUCCAUGAAGAUUCUCAUUUAUCCAGGUCAUAGUUUUUUGAAGACUAAAAAAGCGGGCAACUGGACUGUGUAGAGUUGAGAUUUCUCAACUCUACACAGUCAUACACACACAACCAUAUAUAAAAGAAUAUAUAUAUAUAUAUAUAUAUAUAUAUAUAUAUACUUUUAUAUGUGUGUGUGUGUGUGUGUGUAUAUAUAUAAAUAUAAAUAUAUGUAUAUAUUUUAAUAUAUGUGUGUGUGUAUAUAUACACACACAUAUAUAUAUGUAUAUAUAUAUAUAUACAUAUAUAUAACAGUAUAUAUAUAUGUGUGUAUAUAUAUACACACACAUAUAUAUGUGUAUAUAUAUAUAAAUAUAUAUAUGUGUAUAUAUAUAUAUGUGUGUGUAUAUAUGUGUAUAUAUAUAUAAAUAGAUAUAUAAUUAUUAUUUUAUCUAUGUAUAUCUAUAUAUCUAUAUAUCUAUAUAAAUAUAAAAGUAUAUAUUUAUAUAAAUAUAUAUAUAUAUAUUUAAAAGUAUAUAUAUAUAUAUAUAUAUAUAUAUAUAUAUAUAUAUAUAUAUAAUUUAAUAUAUGUGUGUGUAUAUAUACACACAUAUGAUUUGGCCUCUGAUAGUAAAAUUUAUUUUAGAAAAAAAAGGUAAAAAGAAAAACGACAAUAUUACACAAUAUAUAAUAAGUGGUGUGCCUGAGGGCUCUUUACUAGGACUUUCGUUGUUUACAAUUUACAUGAUUAGUGAUAGUCAAAGUGUCUCCAAUGCAAAUUUUCAUUUGUAUGCGGAUGAUAAAGUUAUUUACUGUUCCACUCCAACACAUUUUCAGACUCUCUGUCACUUACAAGAUGCCUUUUAUACGGUACAGUGCACUUUUUUGAGUUAAAACUGAUCGUAACCUCUAAUAAAACAAAGUUCACGAUGUUUACAAACUCAAAUACCAAGCUGGGAUGACUUAAAGUGUUUAGAUAGUUCACAUCAUCUCAGCACUGGUUAAUAACUUCCUGUGGUUCUUCCUCACCUUACGUGUUUCUUUUCACCAACAGCGUCAGUGGUCCUUCUCCAGCAUUUUCCCCUGCUACUCUCGUCCACCUCCGCCUGAUAUGUACAUCAAGAUGAGCCAUGUGACAGGGCUUCAGUACGGCAACAACAACACCAUGCACAUCACCACCGUGGCCCAACAGGAGAGGAGGCGGCACCCAACAGCACCACCUAGUGUCAACUCCCCACAGACAUAACAAAGAAGCGAAAGAGACAAAGAAAGGAUGUCUUUUGUGUAAGUUUUGGACGUGAGAAACUUUUCUUUUACAACCUCAAAAACAGUCGGAGGACUCCAGACCAGAGGUGCUCAUAGAGAUUUCUUGGGUCAGGGGUCCAAGGCGAGGCGGAUGCCCACCCCACCUACAAAUAUUCUUUAUUCACUCUGAACUUGCCAAAAAGCAUUAGCAACAACAUUUUUUCUUUCUAUACUGAUUUCAAGCGCUUUGUUUCUUACAUAAAACUGAAAAUUAUCAACUUGACAUGAUGAAGAUCAUCCAGUGGCAUUAGAUGAAAAAUUCUGGGUGGGUAAAUGACACCAGCAUAGAAAGACACCUGACUGAUAGACUUUCUAUUCUCGAGGAAACCGAAACAACCUUAACUGCUACUUUAAGGUAGCUAAUUUUGUGUGCCUCUGUGAGGUGGCCCUUAUUCUUCGGCUUGUAGUUGCACCAAUGCAAUAAAAUCGAUUUUUCACAUCAUGUAAAGAUGUGAAGAAAAACUUUUACUUAGGUUUUGGUCACUUUGUUUUUUCAAGUUGUUCUGCUUUGAUUUUGCAGCUAAUGAAGAUGUGUUAUUAUUAUUCAAUAGUCUGUUCCAUAACUAUCCAAAAACUUCCUACAGUAGCUUUAAAACAAAACAAAAACAGCUCUUGAUUGUAGCUUUAAUGGACUGAAACAUGAACAAAUGGACCAAAAGUUUACUUCUUCUUCUUCUUCUUCUCUUUUCUUGUCAUAUAACGGCGGUAAACAGCUGAGUUAUAUUAGCUCAGUUUUGAAGUAUUAGCAGAAGUCGUUCUAGGUUCAGUUCCUCUCAGGAAGCCACCCGAUGUCUUGUAAGUUCAGUAUUUGUGUUUGUGUUAGGCCUCCGUUGUUGAGUCACUAUUUUUACACAACAGGAAAUUUUGAAGAGGAAGCUUCUGCGUGUAUGGUCCUGUUGUACUUCAUCGUUUCUGUUUUUGAUUUUUUAAACCUUGUUUUGUGGCAUAAAAGCUUUUAUUUUAUUUUAUUUUAUUUUAUUUAUUGUGGUUCUCUCCUCAGAACAUUUUCAGCCGACCAGCCAAACUUCACACCUCUAUUCUGCUCUGUCAGCAGUAAAAAUACCAGCCAAGCCUGAUCAUAUGGUUUUGGUUUUUUAACCAACUGUGGUAAAAAAAUAAAUAAAAAAAAACAUGGUAACGGUGCCAGCUCACCAUCAGGUGCCAAAAAACGACUGAAGAACAGAUUGACUAUUAAUUUAAAACGGGUUGAUUUGUUGUUUCACGCCUCUGAGGAGAAAAUUUAUCGUUUGACAUACGACAGAGGACUGAUCAUGAGUUACAUCGGUGCUUCUUUGUGUUUGUAAAUACAUCUUUUUUAAUACUUUUUGCAUUAAAUUAACUUAUUUAGUUUAUGUGAAUUUGUACAAAAUAUGAAGUCAUGUAUAUCUAUUUUUGGGGGGGAUUUUAAAUGUAGAAACUUGAUAAUAUUGCAUUUUUCCAGUGUUGCAUUUCAAGAAACGGUGCUGUCGUCCAAAUGUUGACAUCUUGAAAACUGAACUCAGUAAAAACACGUCAUGUUUCAACUUUAGGAAUGUGUUUGAAUAAUUGUAUGCAAUGUUGAAAUUGUUUUUAUUAUGCUUUUUUUUGUAAAAGCAAUAAAAAAAAUAAAUAAAAAUAAAAUGGAAAUCUGACAUUUUCUCCUGAAA